AUGGACGGGACGGAAGGCAGUGCCGGGCAGCCCGGCCCCGCGGAGCGGUCCCACCGAAGCAGCGUGUCGUCCGUGGGAGCCCGAGCGGCUGACGUGCUGGUCUACCUGGCGGAUGACUCGGUGGUGCCCCUGGCCGUGGAGAACCUGCCCUCGCUCAGUGCCCACGAGCUGCACCGCAUAGUCCGAGAGAUCCUGCAACUGCCGGACAUGGCCCUGGAUAUCUUUGCGCUCUGGCUGGUCUCCCCUCUGCUGGAGGUGCAGCUGAAGCCCAAACACCAGCCCUACAAGCUGGGCCGCCAGUGGCCGGAGCUAUUGCUGCGCUUCACUGAUGCUCCAGACGAAGACGUAGCCAUGGAUGAGCCUUCCCUGCAGUUCCGAAGGAAUGUGUUUUUCCCUAAACGGCGGGAGCUACAGAUCCACGACGAGGAGGUCCUGCGGCUGCUCUAUGCAGAGGCCAAAGGCAACGUGCUGACUGCGAGGUACCCGUGCGACACCGAGGACUGCGAGGCCCUGGGUGCCCUGGUGUGCCGCGUGCAGCUUGGGCCCUACCAGCCCGGCCAGCCUGUUGCCUGCACCCUGAGGGAGAAGCUGGACUCCUUCCUCCCUGCCCACCUCUGUAAGCGGGGCCAUGGCCUCUUUGCUGCCUUCCGUGGCCGCGGGGCCAGGGCUGGGACCGGUGAGCAGGGCCUGCUGAAUGCCUACCGCGAGGUGAAAGACGUGCUUGGCAGCAGCAGCGAGUGUGAGGCCCCCCUGAGCACCCACUACCGCGCCUACCUCCUGAAGUGCCACGAGCUGCCCUUCUACGGCAGUAAGGGGCAUGCCCCAUUGCACGUCCUGCUCGGCCUGCGCUUCCAGGAGCUGUCCUGGGACCACACGUCACCUGAGGAGGAAGAGCCUGUGCUGUGGCUGGAGUUUGACGGGGAGAGCGAGGGCACGCCUGUUAACAAGCUCCUCAAGGUCUACUCCAAGCAGGCUGAGCUGAUGAGCGGCCUCAUUGAAUACUGCAUCGAGCUGAACCAGGCCUUGGAGCCCAGCGUCCCCCAGGACAGCGGGCCUGGCCCCACCGCGGCCCCAGCCUCCUUGCCACCUCCCUCACAGCGCCCCAAGCUGCGGCGGCAGGGCAGCGUGGUCUGCAGCCGGAUCCAGCAUCUCUCCACCAUUGACUACGUGGACGACGGCAAGGAGAUCAAGCGGGUGAAGCCAAAGCGUACCACGUCCUUCUUCAGCCGGCAGCUGUCCAUGGGCCAGGGAAGUUACAGCGUGGUGCAGGCAACCGACAGCCUGGAGCAGGGCUGA